AUGACAUUCUCCAUUUUUCACUACUGUCCAAUCAAAUCUGGAAGACAACCAAAUAACUACAGGAAUCAAUCCAAGUGGACAAGUGAGAAAUGGCAAAAUCCAAUCAAAUCUGGGAGACUACCAAAUAACUACAGGAAUCAAUCCAAGUGGACAAGUGACAAAUGGCAAAAUCCAAUCAAAUCUGGGAGACUACCAAAUGACUACAGGAAUCAAUCCAAGUGGACAAGUGACAAAUGGCAAAAUCCAAUCAAAUCUGGAAGACUACCAAAUAACUACAGGAAUCAAUCCAAGUGGACAAGUGACAAAUGGCAAAAUCCAAUCAAAUCUGGAAGACAACCAAAUAACUACAGGAAUCAAUCCAAGUGGACAAGUGAGAAAUGGCAAAAUCCAAUCAAAUCUGGGAGACUACCAAAUAACUACAGGAAUCAAUCCAAGUGGACAAGUGAGAAAUGGCAAAAUCCAAUCAAAUCUGGAAGACUACCAAAUAACUACAGGAAUCAAUCCAAGAAUCAAUCCAAGUGGACAAGUGACAAAUGGCAAAAUCCAAUCAAAUCUGGAAGACUACCAAAUAACUACAGGAAUCAAUCCAAGUGGAUAAGUGAGAAAUGGAAAAAUCCAAUCAAAUCUGGAAGACAACCAAAUAACUACAGGAAUCAAUCCAAGUGGAUAAGUGAGAAAUGGAAAAAUCCAAUCAAAUCUGGAAGACUACCAAAUAACUACAGGAAUCAAUCCAAGUGGAUAAGUGAGAAAUGGAAAAAUCCAAUCAAAUCUGGAAGACAACCAAAUGACUACAGGAAUCAAUCCAAGUGGACAAGUGAGAAAUGGAAAAAUCCAAUCAAAUCUGGAAGACUACCAAAUAACUACAGGAAUCAAUCCAAGUGGAUAAGUGAGAAAUGGAAAAAUCCAAUCAAAUCUGGAAGACUACCAAAUAACUACAGGAAUCAAUCCAAGUGGAUAAGUGAGAAAUGGCAAAAUCCAAUCAAAUCUGGAAGACUACCAAAUGACUACAGGAAUCAAUCCAAGUGGACAAGUGACAAAUGGCAAAAUCUAAUCAAAUCUGGAAGACAACCAAAUAACUACAGGAAUCAAUCCAAGUGGAUAAGUGAGAAAUGGAAAAAUCCAAUCAAAUCUGGAAGACUACCAAAUGACUACAGGAAUCAAUCCAAGUGGACAAGUGACAAAUGGCAAAAUCUAAUCAAAUCUGGAAGACUACCAAAUAACUACAGGAAUCAUUCCAAGUGGACAAGUGAGAAAUGGCAAAAUCUAAUCAAAUCUGGAAGACUACCAAAUGACUACAGGAAUCAAUCCAAGUGGACAAGUGAGAAAUGGCAAAAUCCAAUCAAAUCUGGAAGACUACCAAAUGACUACAGGAAUCAAUCCAAGUGGACAAGUGAGAAAUGGCAAAAUCCAAUCAAAUCUGGAAGACUACCAAAUGACUACAGGAAUCAAUCCAAGUGGACAAGUGAGAAAUGGCAAAAUCCAAUCAAAUCUGGAAGACUACCAAAUGACUACAGGAAUCAAUCCAAGUGGACAAGUGAGAAAUGGCAAAAUCCAAUCAAAUCUGGAAGACUACCAAAUAACUACAGGAAUCAAUCCAAGUGGACAAGUGAGAAAUGGCAAAAUCUAAUCAAAUCUGGAAGACUACCAAAUGACUACAGGAAUCAAUCCAAGAAUCAAUCCAAGUGGACAAGUGACAAAUGGCAAAAUCCAAUCAAAUCUGGAAGACUACCAAAUGACUACAGGAAUCAAUCCAAGUGGACAAGUGAGAAAUGGCAAAAUCUAAUCAAAUCUGGAAGACUACCAAAUGACUACAGGAAUCAAUCCAAGUGGACAAGUGAGAAAUGGCAAAAUCCAAUCAAAUCUGGAAGACUACCAAAUAACUACAGGAAUCAAUCCAAGUGGACAAGUGAGAAAUGGCAAAAUCCAAUCAAAUCUGGAAGACUACCAAAUGACUACAGGAAUCAAUCCAAGUGGACAAGUGAGAAAUGGCAAAAUCCAAUCAAAUCUGGGAGACUACCAAAUAACUACAGGAAUCAAUCCAAGUGGACAAGUGAGAAAUGGCAAAAUCUAAUCAAAUCUGGGAGACUACCAAAUAACUACAGGAAUCAAUCCAAGUGGAUAAGUGAGAAAUGGCAAAAUCCAAUCAAAUCUGGAAGACUACCAAAUGACUACAGGAAUCAAUCCAAGUGGACAAGUGAGAAAUGGCAAAAUCCAAUCAAAUCUGGAAGACAACCAAAUAACUACAGGAAUCAAUCCAAGUGGACAAGUGAGAAAUGGCAAAAUCUAAUCAAAUCUGGAAGACUACCAAAUAACUACAGGAAUCAAUCCAAGUGA